AUGGCAAGCAAUCCGGUUGGUCGCAGUGUGGCUAAAGUGCUUGGUAUCAAUGUCGACUACCGCAAAGAAGAGCUGCUUCCCUCCUCGGGUACUUCCGUUUCUUCUGUAGAGACUUAUGUCGAGAAGGAACCCACUGCUUUCGAAUAUGUCUCUCAAUUUAAGCCUUCACUUUCCGCCUUUCAGCGAUACCUCCGCAGUUUGUUUCCUUUCUGGGAUUGGAUCUUUCAUUACAACGCGACAUGGCUUUUGGGUGACAUUAUUGCUGGUGUGACUGUAGGUUUUGUUGUCAUACCUCAAGGCAUGGCUUACGCAAUAUUGGCUCAACUGCCGCCUGAAUAUGGCCUUUAUACUUCGUUCGUCGGGUUUCUGCUUUACUGGGCUUUCGCAACAUCCAAAGACAUAACUAUUGGCACUGUUGCUGUCAUGUCAACAAUCGUUGGGAACAUUGUUAUUCGAGUGCAAGAGACAAAUCCUAAUCUUGCCGCCGAAACCAUUGCAAGAGCCCUCGCUGUGAUCGCUGGAGCCGUACUUCUCUUUAUUGGGCUGACUCGGUUUGGCCGUGUUGUCGAGCUUAUUCCUUUGGUCGCCAUCACUUCUUUCAUGACAGGUGCUGCCAUCAGCAUUGGAGCUGGCCAAGUCCCUCCUCUCAUGGGCAUCACCGGCGUCAAUACCCGUGGUGCGACGUAUCUGGUCAUCAUCGAUACCCUCAAAGGACUCCCAAGAACAAAGCUUGAUGCAGCAAUUGGGCUGUCAGCUUUGACGAUGCUCUAUGGGAUCCGGAUAUUCUGCAGCUGGAUGACGAAGAAACAGCCGCACCGAAAGAAGCUCUGGUUCUUCAUCAGCACCUUGCGAAUGGCCUUCGUAAUCCUGUUGUAUAUUCUGAUCAGCUGGCUCGCUAAUCGCAAUGUCAAAGGAGAUGCGAAGAAAGCCAAGUUCAAGAUCUUGGGCAAAGUACCUAGAGGAUUUCAACAUGCUGGAGCCCCAACGAUUAAUAAAGAGGUCCUCACCGCUAUUGCUCCUGAUCUUCCCGUUACUAUCAUCGUGCUGAUCCUGGAACACAUCGCAAUCUCGAAGAGUUUCGGUAGGAUCAAUAACUAUGUGAUCAACCCAUCGCAGGAGCUUGUUGCAGUUGGUUUCACAAACUUGCUUGGCCCAUUCCUGGGCGCCUACCCAGCUACAGGCUCGUUCUCGCGCACGGCUAUCAAAUCAAAAGCAGGCGUCCGCACGCCUUUGGCCGGUAUCUUCACCGCCGUUAUCGUCUUACUCGCUAUAUACGCACUCACUGCUGUCUUCUUCUACAUCCCUAGUGCAGGCCUUUCUGCUGUCAUCAUACACGCGGUCGGCGAUCUUAUCACGCCUCCUAAUGUCGUCUAUCAGUUCUGGGAGACUUCGCCACUGGAGGUCAUCAUUUUCUUCGCUGGUGUCUUCGUGACCGUGUUCACCAACAUCGAAAACGGCAUAUACGUUACGAUCGCCGCGUCUUUUGCUCUCUUGUUCUGGCGACAGCUGUUCACACAUGGUGCCGUGCUUGGAAAGGUACGAAUCUACCGUGCCACGCCCGAUGCCGUCGCCAACAAGGACAUCCACGGCUCAAGCCCAGGCGUCCGCGAGGCCUAUCUUCCCAUCAACCACAAAGAUGGCAGCAAUCCUCAGAUUGAGCCUGAGUCACCAUAUCCAGGCAUAGUCAUCUUCCGAUUCACGGAGGCCUUUUCGUAUCUUAAUCAACAAGGCUACAUGGACGAGCUGGUCGCCCAGGCUCAGCAUGUUGCGCGGCCCGGCAUCCUCGACCGCUACUCCAAGCUCGGCGACAGGCCAUGGAACGAUCCUGGACCGCGCCGUGGCCAACAAGUAAAUACGGACGAUCAUCGACCCAUGUUGCGCGCUAUCAUUCUGGACUUCUCAGCUGUGAACCACGUCGACGUGACAUCCGUCCAGGGCCUCAUCGACGUUCGCAACCAGCUCGACCGGUACGCGCACCCCGAGCCCGUCGAGUGGCACUUCGCCUCCAUCAACAGCCGCUGGACGAAGCGCGCCCUCACCACGGCUGGCUUCGGCUACGUCGACUCCGAGCGCUUUAAUGCCCGUCGCUCGCAGCACUGGAACCCCGUGUACAGUUUCGCAUCGCUGGAUGUGUCGAAGCCAUCCCCGGCGCGCGAUCCCAAGCAUCCAGAUGUUGAGGCCGCAGACCAGAUCGGGCAAGCAGGGAGGCAAAUGGGCUUCCCUGGGAAACUCAGCACGGUGCAUGGGCAGAACAGGCCGUUCUUCCAUGUGGACGUGCCGGCUGCGGUGGAGAGCGCAAUCGUGGGUGCGGAAGGGAGGUUGACGGUUGUGGACUCGGAGACUACCAGUGAGGAAGGCGCACGAGGGAAGACGGAGUGA